AGCGGUCAUUCCUUUUCCUCCUACCGAGCGUAGAAGGCAGGCGGUUCUGCCGCGUCAUGUUGCGCACUACAUAAAGGGAAAAGGCUACCGAAUCAAAUACGGAACAAGAAAAUAACAUACCGCUACCUCCACGCAGCGCAAGAGAUGAGCGGAUCGCUUGCACUGCGGAAGCUACUCUUCGAUGAAGAAGAGGAGCAGAGUGUACACCGACGUGGGUACCACUACUCCGGUGCCUACACGCCGCUGCUGAGCUCCGUUGCGGUGGUGCAGCCCGCCGCUGUUCUCCCCAAAAGCGGCCUGCCACUGGCAUCCCUCUGUCUCUUCUCCACCUUCGUCAGCUGCCUCACCAUGAAAGUGCGGAAUAAGGAGAAAUGGUGGAUGGGCAUGUUCGCCAUCUGCACCGUGUACUACAGCAGUGUCAAGGCGCACAAGGUAGACAACGGAUUGGUGGGGCAUCAAAGCGGCUUCUUUGCGGCGGGGAUGGGCGUGAUCGGGUGUGUGGCGCGUCUCAUGGUAAAGAGCGGCGCCUUCAGGUGGAAUGUGACCUGCCUCGGCGUCUUCGGUGCCCUCCUCUGGUACGAAAUCGGCCGCUAUCACGUGUGGACUGACCACGUCACCGAGUUCCGCCGGGAAGUCACGCCGGAGCGCUCGUACAACCUGUUGGGUGAGUACGUGCCGCAAUCGUUGGAAGUUGAGUUCCUCCCUUACCGCUCCAUCGUCUGA